GAGCCGGUACGCGGACGGGAGAGGAGGUCACGGGCGCUCCACGCUGUGCCGCACGCUGCCGAUUUCGAUUGUCAUUACAGGAAAUUUAAUUAAACCGGAAGCCAUAAAUCCGUGAACCUCCGCGGGAAAAUUAUAAGCGCGUGUGUAUAUGCCUGUUUCCAGCAGACUCUUAAAUACUCAGAGGCAGUGUGGAGGCUUCUCUCUCCCCGGUGUGAUGAACCUAUUGCCACUGAAUCCUGGAAAUAGAAGCUGCAGGGAGCAGGGUGGAUGUGUGGGUGUGUCUGCCCAAGAUCUCAUGUGUUAUGUGGGAUCAAGUCAACAGUCCGGAUCACAGACAGAUGAGGCUGUGAUAAUCAUCUCACAAAUUAAGAUGCUCUGGUUUCAAGGAAAUAGCAUGCAACUUGCCAAACACUCCUUUCAACUGCUCUUGAGAAAUCUCUCUGCCUCAAAGACUGCUCUGCCUGUGCUGACCUUAUUCACAAAGGAUCCAUGUCCCCUUUGUGAUGAAGCCAAGGAAGUACUGGGGCCUUAUAAAAACCGGUUUAUUUUACAGGAAGUGGACAUCACACUUCCAGAAAACUCUGCCUGGUAUGACAGGUAUAAAUUUGACAUCCCCGUCUUUCAUUUGAAUGGCCAGUUUCUGAUGAUGCAUCGAGUAAACAUCUCAAAACUUGAAAAACAGCUCCAGAAACUUGAGCAGCAAGGUGCAAGAGGCUGACAAACACCCUCAUGAUUUUCUACCUUCUCUGUCCAGAACGUGUUUCCUGAGGAAAUGACCGUGGCUUCAAACUCCUUUUGUCAUUUUCACACAGCUCUACAGAUGUUCUGAACUCAGUGGUACCAGAUAGUGAUAUUCCUCUUGUGAUUAAUGGAAGUACCAGUGUGGGAACUGUUUACGUGCUGGCAUUUUAUAAAAUAAGUGGAGUGUAUUGGCAGGGAGGGGAUGAUGGAAGGCAGGAGAAAUCCACUUGUUCUAUUUAUUUUACUCUUUUGUAUUAAUAUGGAAGCAUCUCACAUUCACUGGACAGAGCCGUUUAUAAGAAGAAGGCUCUGUGUCCCUGCUGCUGCCCUAAGGGCUUAACUUUUUAAUGAAAGAAUAAAUGUUCUUCCACUUGGUAGAUAAAGUGAAAUGUGAAUUGCUAAUAAGUGUACACAGUCAAUAAAAGGAUGUUUUAACAAA